UGCACACGUCGUCGUUCUGCGCUCGCAUAGGAGCAGUAAACUAAGGACCGGGAGCAGGGGAAAGGACCGUACGGAUAAGCUCGUACUCUCUCUCUCUCUCUCUGAUCCGUCACUUCCCCGUCGUCUUGCGCAGUAGAUAGUAAGAAGCUGCUUGCUGCGUCAUGGCCGCGCGAGCUCUCGCCGCCGUCGCCGGCCGCCGGGCGGCCGGGCAGAGUGGAUUCCCCGCUCUCGCCUCAUGCAGGAGAGGAGGAGCUCAGGGUCACUCGAGUAGCAGCGCCCACACCCAAGCUGAGGAGCGGAACGCCGACCAUGACGCGGCGGCGGAUACGGUCACCGCGGAGCAGGUGGAGACCGCGCUGAACAGCAAGAACGUGGAGGAGAUGGUCCAGGAGGGACGCGCCGCGACGGUGCUCCCGGAAGAGGUGGUGGACGACGCCGACGCCGCGUGGGUGCCCGAUCAGGAGACGGGCGUCUUCGCCCCCGGCGCCGUCACCGACGGCCCGCACGAGCAGCCUGGUCGGCCGUUGCCGUCGGUACUGGACCAGGCAGUGUUCGUCCGGGAGGAGGACAUAGAGGACGUCGAGAGGCCAAGUGAAGGAAACGUGUGAUCGAUCUAGUCGGUCUUAGCUCAGAGGCUUGCAGAGUAGUAGCAAUAAAAAUAAAAUGAAGUUCUAUGUAUGAUUUGAAGUUAAUUAUAUUUGUUAGAGCUCUAGU